GUGCUUAUCGUUGUGCUCAAGAAUUAUUAAAACUUAUUGUAAUUAAAAUUGUUAUUAAAGAAUAUUUGAGAUAAGUGUAACAGGUGCUGUUUAAUCAUACACAUGUCAACAUGAGUGGGGUGCCCGAGAACGCGCCGCUACACUGUCCUGGGACACAAAGUGAUGAUGCUGGGAAAGCCUCAGCGUGCGCUGGAUGCCCUAACCAGAACAUAUGCGCAUCAGGUGCUGCAUCUGGACCUGACCCAGCUAUACAGAUAAUCAAGGACCGACUGUCAAAUGUGAAGCACAAAAUAUUAAUCCUGUCUGGCAAGGGUGGUGUUGGCAAGAGUACUGUCACCUCUUUACUUGGACAUGCUUUGGCUUCUAGGAACCCUGAUGCUAAUGUGGGUAUAUUGGACGCCGACAUCUGCGGGCCCAGCCAGCCACGCGUGCUAGGGGUGCGCGGAGAACAAGUUCACAACUCCGGCUCCGGAUGGUCGCCUGUUUACGUCACCGACAAUUUAUCUCUGAUGUCAAUCGGCUUUCUACUGGGAAGUCCUGAUGAUGCAGUCAUAUGGCGAGGCCCUAAGAAAAAUGGUAUGAUCAAACAAUUUCUAAGUGAAGUGGACUGGGGCGAAUUGGACUAUUUGCUAAUAGACACACCUCCAGGUACAUCAGACGAGCACCUCUCAGCAGUCCAAUAUCUUACAUCAGCGGGUUUGGACGGAGCGCUGGUGGUGACGACGCCGCAAGAGGUGGCCCUGCUAGAUGUCAGGAAGGAACUCCAGUUCUGCACCAAACUAGGAGUCCCUGUCUUAGGAGUGCUUGAGAACAUGUCACUGUUUAUUUGCCCUAACUGCAAGACCCGUAGUGAGAUAUUCCCAGCCACGACGGGCGGGGCUGCUCAAAUGUGCUCAGAGCUAGGUGUGCCACUACUUGGUAGUCUGCCCCUAGACCCGAUACUGGCGCGGUGCUGUGACGACGGGCGAGACUUCCUUCAAGAACUACCAUCUUCCCCUGCCGUUACAGCUUUACGGAAUAUUGUAGACAAAAUUGUUGCCACUUGUGAAAAUACCUCCAGUUGAGCCUCUGGUAAAGACGAAUGAAGCCUUAUUAAAAAUAUACAUAAUGCUGU